GUGAAAGGAAAAGCGACCACAGCCACCGGCAGGGCUUUGCAGGUGGAAAAAAUGCUUAGGCACAAAGGAGGCUUCUGCCCAAAAGCUGGCCCUGCAGGUGACAGGGAACAACAACAACAGCCCUCCCCAACACACCUGACACCAACACCUCUGACCCAGCGCUUUCGCAACCCCGUUCACCCACUACAGCCACUCUGCCCCGAGACCACAACUGCCACCACAAUCCCCGGCCACGGACACCCCAGCUAAACCCUGCCUGUCCCGAGACCACUACAGCCACCAGCCCAAACCAGAAACCACGGGCGGAAACCCCCAGCAAUCGGAAAGCGAAGAAGGGAAAGCUGCCACCAUACAAAGCCGCACGCCCGGCGGCGUCCCAAGCACAGCCACCAGCACCAACACCAGCAGCACCAACACCGAGCCUCGCCGGGCUCCUGCUCAGCACCGGCCGACAGCACCCACAGACCCACCAUGGCUGCGCUCAAAGCCCCACAGACACGCCUGCCGCACGCCGCCCCGGUGCUCCCGCUCCUCCUCACCUCUCUCGCCACCGCCCUCGCCUGCCAACAGCUCUGGACACACGACGACACCUUCCCUGGCGACGCACUCCGCCUCCUCCAGGACAUGGCUCCCAGCCACACACAGCCCUGCCACCUCCAGGAGCCGCCCUUCUUCCCCGACACCCUCCUCCGCGACAACCUCCACCCGCACCAAGCCGCCGUCACCGCCCUACGCAUCCUCCAGCACCUCUUCCACACCCUCAGCACCAACAGCACCCGCCAGCACUGGCCCACCCAGGCUCGCAACGACCUCCUCAACAAACUCCAGCACCACAUCCACCUCCUCGAGCAAUGCCUCCCCGACAACGCCGCGCUCUUCAAAGGACCACGCAACCUGCUGCUCACCGUCAACAAGUACUUCAGGGACAUCCACCUCUUCCUCCGUGCCCACAACCACAGCGCCUGCGCCUGGGACCACGUCCGCCUCGAAGCUCGCGCCUCUUUGCAGCACCUCCACAACCUCACACGCACCAUGCGCCGCUAGCACAGACACCCACGCCCAAAACACCCACCUCCAGGACCUCACCCGCCCGUCCCCCCAACCUGCGACAACCGACGUGCCUGUAACAACCGCACGGCACCUGCAGCCUGCAACCACUGCGUCUCCACUGGUACAGCCUCUCCCCUUCAUUAGGACUGAAGACUUUCUCUACUCAAUUAUUUGUUUGCUCAUUUAUUUAUUUAUUACCUUAUUUAUUUAUUUGCCUAUUUAUUUACUUAUUCACGUAUUUAUUUUUCUACUUACUCGCUAUUUUAUGCCACGGAAAAUAAAGACCCAUGACAAAACAACUGCCACUGCCUCUUGUCUCACUAGCACUGCAACCGCUCUUUGGGCCGGGGGAAAGCCUUCUCUGUUCAACACCAACUCCAAGCCCCGCUCCAAACAGUCCCUGCCCACUCUUCUCACUGGCCCAGCAGCAUCCUGGAGCAACCACUCGGGAAAAGCCAUUGCCAGCAUUUGGCCAACACCCCAGAAUCACCACCCAAAAAUAAAGAAGCGCUAAGGUUGGAAAGCACCGCUGCGGCUCAUCCGCUUCAUCCAUCCAAAUGCCUGGCCCUGGCACUUACAGACAAGGAUGGCCCGCGGGACAGUGUCAAACACUUGCCACAACUCCAGGCACACAAGGUCACUUACUCUUACACAGCGCUCCACAGCCCUAACUACACAGAACAUCACCAAAAAUGCCGGGAACGGCAAUUUCCCACUUUCAAAAGCCACAGUCAGUCCCCAUUUCCAGUCACCUGUCUCAUUUCCAGCGGCCUUAGCAGAGCUUCUCUUUCCCACAGAAGCUGCCUCAUCAUCUUGCCUGCAACGAAGCUCACGCUGACUGCUCUGCAGUUCACACACUCUUCUGCUAUUCCCUUUGUAAAAACAGGGGGACUCUUUCCCUUCUUCUACUUAUCGGUGACUUGACAAACAUCAUUUCUCAAAACCGAUCAACGCUGGCCUACAACUCCACCUGACAGUCCUCUCAGGACUUGCAGAUGAAUCUCAUCAUGGACUUCCACAUACUCAGCUUCCUUAGACGGUCUCACACCACAUCUUAUCCUCCAGUGGCCUCGGCCUCUUCAUUCUUCAUUGCAGGGCUCCCAGCACUUGCCUUCCGUGAUGUUGGCAGUGUGGCAGGAGCUCAAUGACACACAAGGCUGCAACCACCUGCUCCUCUCCACAGCCUCUUCUCCCUGAAGUCUAAAACCCCCAGACCCCAGCACCCACUCAUCGUACGAAUAGUCACGAGGCUACGUCCUCGUGAGGCCAGCCAUGUCAUCCCCGCGCAAAUCUGUGAACAAACAAAGAGGUGCAAACACCUCUUUGCUCUCCCCAGAUUUUGGCCUUUCUUUAAAGGCAUCUGAAACUACUGGCAGGUCUUCUCUACUCCACCUGAAGCAGCCCAGCCCCCUCAGCCUUUCUCACACGUGAUGUCCUCUCAUGCCCUCUGCAUCUUCGCAGCAGACAUUCCUGCCAAAAGCUCCACUCCUCCCCGCCAUGAACUAAAGAGCCUUGAGCUGGACACACUCUUCCGGGGGAGGGCUCCGGCAAUCCCAAAACACAGCACCGUUCCUCUGGCGGGCGACAGUCCCCCUUCGCUCUCUGCCUGCCUCAUCUACGGAAGCAGGCGAAACAAAACUAUGGCCCCGCUCUAACGCCAAACAAACACCACCACAGACACACAGCAAACAACACAGGAGCAACAAAGCUCUCCCGGUUUUCCUACUCCUUCUUCAUCGACCCUAUUUUGAAAUGUCUUGUUGCCCUGCCACCUCAGCUUCCGAGACGGCACCUGGGCCACACCGCUGCAAGAACGCACUCGCGGCCUCCGAGGCUUACUCCCGCACACAGC